AUGCCUUUAUCAAAGUUAUCUCGAUAUUGCUUAGAAAGUAAUAGUUUUUUGGUUCAAGACAUAGUAUUUGGAAGAGAUUGUGGAGUACAUGAUUUAAAUAGGAAUCGGGUGAUAGAUGGAGAAUUCCACAAGAAGUACGAGAAGUAUAGAAUGGAUCCACAAAAAUUUUUCGAGUAUACCAGAAUGAGUGUCGAAACCUUCGAUUAUAUUCUUAUUAAUAUUCAACCAGAAUUGGAGAAAAAAGUCAAUGCAGAUAGAAUUUUACGCGCCGCUGAAAAAUUGUUUUUGACACUAAGAUUUCUCUCUGUUGGGAUGACUUUUAAAUCUCUGGCUCAGUCAUACUCUCUAGGCCGAAGCACCGUCGCCAAAACGAUAUAUCAAACUUUAAAGGCAAUUUGGAAAAAGUUGGUUAUACAGCAUAUGUCACCAAAAUUAACAAGUGAAGAUUUAAGAAAAAUUUCAGACAUGUUUUUUUCUAGAUGGCAAUUCCCUAAUUGCAUAGGAGCCAUUGAUGGAAAACAUUUUCGCAUACAGAAGCCACCACGGAGCGGUAGCCAAUAUUAUAAUUAUAAAAAAUUUUUUUCAAUGGUCCUACAAGCAGUUUCUGAUGCAGAUUAUAAAUUUUCUGUGAUUGAGAUUGGUGGAAAAGGAAAACAAAGUGACGGAGGCACGUUUCAUUUUUCAAAAUUUAAUGAAUUGCUUACUAACAAUCAAUUUAAUAUGCCACCGCCAAGAACAUUACCUGGGUCAAAUAUUUUACUGCCACAUGUCCUAAUAGGCGACGAAGCCUAUCCACUAAAAACGUAUCUAAUGCGACCCUUUCCGUCCAGUGGUUUAGAUGACUCGAAAAGAGUUUUUAAUAAGAGGUUGUCAAGAGCUCGAGUGACAAUUGAGUGUGCGUAUGGUAUAAUGACCAAUAAGUGGCGAAUUUUCCUCAAAGCAAUCGAAACAGACACUAAACAUGCAAAACUAAUUAUUAAGGUUGGAUGUCUACUACAUAAUAUUGUAAGAGAAAAAGAUGGAAACAGUGAUCCCGAUUUUAGACGGUACAUGAGUUCUAGAUCUACAUCUAAUCAAGUUAUAGCGUCUCGGCGGAAUAAUCGAGCUACGUCACAAGCUAUAAACAUAAGAAAUAAUUUCAAAGACUACUUUGUAACCUAUUGA